AUGUCUGAAAUCGACUACGAUAACCUCAUUUCCAAGCUUUCACUUCCUCGGUGGGACCACACGCCCUCUCAGGUUCUUCAGAAAGCAGAAGACUUGAUACGUAUCCAAGACGAAUGCCUCAACAAAUUCGCUGCUGUUGAGAACCCUACUACAGAAAACGCGUUGGCUCCGUACUUGCAAACAGUGCAAGAAAUAUGGUUUUCCGAGGGCCAAUUGACAUUCUACCUGUCUGUGUCUCCACAGAAGGAUGUGAGAGACGCCUCCAAUGCCGUGCUGAAGAAGCUAGACAAGUACUCGAUUGAGGCUCUGCAGAGGAAAGACGUCUAUAAAGUGUUCAAGAAAUUGGCAGAAGCCAAACACCUGGACCCGGAAACUACUCGUUACUUGGAUAAGAAGGUGUUGGGAUACCAAAGAAAUGGCAUGGAAUUGCCGGAUGACCAGCAGGAAGUUCUAAAGAAUUAUAAGCUUCAGCUCUCUGAGCUUGCGAUUGAAUUUAAACGGGCAUUAAAUGAAAUUGACGAAUAUAUAGCUUUUACCAGAGAAGAAUUGGAGGGUGUUCCCGAUGAUGUUGUGGAUCAGUUCCAAAUCGAUGGCGGAAAGUAUAAGAUGACUUUCAAGUACACUGACUUCUUCCCAGUAAUGAAAUACGCUAAGAACCAAGAUACCAGAAAAAGAGCCUACAUUGGAAAUCAGUCCAAGUGUGCAAACAACGGAACUAUACUCUUGAAUAUGCUCAAGCUCAGGUACAGAGUGGCCAAGCUUUUGAACUACGAUCAUUACUCUGCUUUUGUUUUGGAAGAGAGGAUAGCAAAAACUCUGGACAAUGUUUUGACGUUCCUUCACGAUUUGCGGGCUAAACUAACCCCUUUGGGCAAACAACAACUUCAACACAUGAAAGAGUUGAAAUAUAAAGAUUUAAGGUCCCGGGAACUUUCUCCACAAGACGAUUUUUAUAUUUGGGACCAGAGUUUUUACGAUAACUUGUUGUUGGAAAAAGAAUAUCAAGUUGACCACAAGAAGAUCCAGGAGUACUUCCCGUUAGACUUGACCAUCAAAAGGAUGCUAUCGAUAUACGAAACCAUUUUUGAUAUCAAAUUCCACAAAUUGGCCAACCUCCCUGUUGAAUUUACAUGGCACUCAGAAGUAAAACAGUUUGCAGUUUUUCAGAAUAUUAAACUGGGAAACCCGUCAUUUGUUGGGAUCAUAUACUUUGACUUGCAUCCUCGAGAAGGUAAAUACGGCCAUGCUGCUAACUUCAAUUUGGGACCAGGUUUCGAGAAGGGCGAUGGAACAAGACAAUAUCCUGUCACCGCAUUGGUCUGCAAUUUUACCAAACCUUCAAAAGACAAGCCUGCCUUGUUGAAGCACAGUGAGCUCAAGACUUUCUUUCAUGAAUUGGGCCAUGGAGUCCACAGUAUUCUAUCCAAAACCAAGUACGCCAAGUUUCAUGGCACUAGAGUCCCUAGAGACUUUGUUGAAGCUCCAUCGCAAAUGCUUGAGUAUUGGAUUUGGUCCCAAGACGAGUUAAAAGCCUUGUCUUCCCAUUAUCAAACUGGAGAACCUAUAAGUGAUGAAUUGCUUGGCCAGCUCAUUAAAUCUAAAAGUGUCAAUAGAGCCUUAUUGAACCUUCGUCAGGUGUUUUUGGGUCUAUUUGACAUGAAAUGCCACACUAUCGAUAAUGAGGAAGAUUUGGAAACCUUUGACUUAUUGAGUACGUGGAACGAUAUGAGAGGAGAUAUUUCGUUGAUUCCUGCUGAUGCUAUUAGAACUCCAGGAUAUGCUUCAUUCCGCCAUAUUGCUCUUGGAUAUUCCUCCAGUUAUUAUGGAUAUUUAUAUUCCCAAGUGUUUGCUGCAGAUAUGUUUUAUUCGUUGUUUAAGAAAGAUCCAAUGAACAUCCAAAGUGGCUUGAGGUAUCGAGAUGUCAUUUUGUCCACAGGAAACUCGAGAGAAAUAAUGGAGAGCCUUGAGGAGCUAUUGGGGAGAAAACCCACUAAUACGGCGUUCUUGAAAGAGCUUCUUGGCUAACUUAUUAAUAAAAUACAUGACCGUAUAUAAUACGAUAUACCUACUCACUAGAUUGUGAUUCAAAUGGGGUGAGUUUAGCGGUCCCUUCAGCCCAUGACACGCCAUUAUAGGUGAUCUCCUUGAUGGCCCUAAUCACGUCUUCGAAAGAACCUCUGACUUGCUUGGUAGAAUCUCUUUCUCUUAAGGUGACAGAGUCGUCCUUGAUAGAGUCAAAGUCGAUGGUGAUACCAAAUGGAGUACCCAAUUCAUCGUUUCUGGAGUAUCUCUUACCAAUAGAAGUAGAAGAAUCAUCUACCUUGAAUGGAAUUUGUUCCUUUCUCAAGAAGUUGGUGACUCUCUUCACCAUUGGCUGUAAUUCAGCAUUCGAAGAUAAUGGCACAAGCAAUACUUUGGUAGGAGCAACCAAAGGAGGUAAAGACAACACGGAUCUGUCGGUGUCUUCGGGUCUGGCCCAGAACUGGUGUUCAAAAAUAGAGUAGAUAAUUCUACCAAUACCAAAAGAUGGUUCAAUGACAUUAGGAGUGAAUUCUCUGAUGUGUUCGGUUCUGGUUACUUUACCAAUCUUGACAAAAGUUUCGUCCAAUUCAACCUCUUGCUCGAUUCCAUCCACCUUAAACACAAUCUUAGCAUUGUCCUUCAAUUCCUUAGACAAGUCCUCCAACUCACAUUGAGUUCUAGCCAAUAACCAGUCUUGAACCUUACCGGCGUCCUUUCUGAAUGUAGGACCAAACUUCUUCUUCUCGAUGUCAACUUCGAACUUUUCCACAGUGACGGGGGCAUCCAAGGCCUUUCUCACCACCAACUUCUCGUUGGUUCUAGCAGCAUGAACAGACAAAUCGUACGCCGAUCUGUCAGCACAACCAACACAUUCAAUCCAACCGUAGGAGGUUUGUAAUUCGGCAUCCCAACAGUCAGCGGCGUAAUGAGCCAUUUCGUUGGAUAAAUGUUGUCUGAAUCUAAGUCUGUUUUUAUCGACUCCAAUCUUAAGCAAGAACUUGUAGAUUCUAGCAAGGAAGUAACCCAAGGUUUGGUUGUCGACCAUUCCAGAUUCAACAGCAUCACCAACAGAGACUUCUUUUAACUCAUUGGAACCAGCUUCUUGAACGCUCUUGGGUAAGAAUUUCAACUUGACAUCCUUAAUUUCAUCGAAUCUUGGAUGGUUCUUGUCCUCUGGGUCAACAUAAUGUUCAAUUUCGGCCAUCAAGAAUUCACGAACUCUCAACAAACCAGCUCUAGGAGAAAUCUCGUUUCUGAAAGACUUACCAAUAGAGGCAGAAGCAAAAGGCAUCUUCUCAUUGUUGAAGUCCAACAACUUGGAAAAGUUCAAGAAUUGGCCCUGGGCAGUUUCUGGUCUCAAGUAUCCUUUCAAUUGACCAGAAGGACCAAUGGCAGUUUCAAACAUCAAGUUAAACUCGACUGGUUGCUCCAAAGGUCCCCCAGUGGCAGGGUUGGUGAUGUUGUACUUGGUGAUCAAUUCACCCAACUGAGGUCCUGAAAACCCAUCGAUUUGGUUCAAAAUCGUCUCAUAUUCCUUGACAACUUCAUCAUCCAACUUGACAUUCUUGAUUUCCUUGACCUUCUUCUUUCUCUUUUUCUUAUCUUCAUCCUCUUCCACCUCGCUAACAUCUUGGCCCCUGGCAGCCUUGUCACCCUUCAAUCUGGCUUCAAGGACUUCUUCCACCAAGUGGUCAGCUCUAAAAAUUUCUCCAGUUUUCAAGUCUCUGCACAUCCAAUCAGCAAACUUGUCGACAUGACCAGAAGUCUUCAACACCUCGUGAGGAGUCAACAUUGAACAGUCAACUUCUAACAUAUCUUCUUCCAAAAUAAAAUGCUUUCUCCAGGUAUCAACCACAUUGGCUUGUAAAGCGCAUCCUGGUGGACCAUAGUCGUACAAUCCGGAAACACCUCCGUAGAUUUCGAAGGAGGGGGCAAAGAAAAAUCUUCUCUUCAAGACUUGUUCCAAGGCAUCCCUGGAAAAGGGGAUGGGAGUUUGAGCGGUGGACAUCGUGGCUUUGAAUGUUCGAAUAAGUCCUUUAGAAACCUGGCGUAGUUGACUAAUCUUGAACGUCGU